UGAUGUCCCGGCCUCUCAGAGGCUGGCACUGGACUGUCGUACCCUUCUGGACCAUCGCGCUAGCAAGGGGGUUUGUGGUUGUUGCGGGGCGCUCAGGCCUCGGUACAAGAGACUGGUAGACAACAUCUUCCCAGAAGACCCAGAGGAUGGUCUGGUGAAGGCCAACAUGGAGAAGCUGACAUUCUACGCCCUGUCGGCUCCAGAGAAGCUCGACCGUAUCGGAGCCUACCUGUCUGAGAGAUUGUCAAGGGAUGUGGCCCGACACAGAUACGGGUAUGUGUGCAUAGCCAUGGAAGCCCUGGACCAGCUGCUGAUGGCCUGCCACUGUCAGAGCAUCAACCUGUUUGUGGAGAGUUUCCUCAAGAUGGUGCGCAAGCUGCUAGAGUCCGACAAACCCAGCCUGCAGAUCCUAGGAACCAACUCUUUUGUGAAGUUCGCCAACAUAGAAGAGGAUACACCAUCUUACCACCGCAGUUAUGACUUCUUUGUGUCGCGCUUCAGUGAGAUGUGCCACUCCAGCUUCGAGGACCCUGACAUACGUACCAAGAUCCGCAUGGCAGGUAUCAAGGGCCUGCAGGGCGUGGUGAGGAAGACUGUGAAUGAUGAGCUGCAGGCCAACAUCUGGGACCCUCAACACAUGGACAAGAUCGUCCCCUCGCUGCUUUUCAACCUGCAGAGUGGAGAGCGCACAGAGAGCCGCUCCCCCUCUCCGCUGCAGGCGUCGGAGAAGGAGAAGGAAAGCCCGGUGGAGCUGACGGAGCGUUGCUUCAGGGAGCUGCUGGGACGUGCCGCCUAUGGCAACAUCAAGAACGCCGUCACGCCCGUGCUGAUGCACUUAGAUAACCACUCUCUAUGGGAGGGGAAGACCUUCGCAGUGCGUUGCUUCAAAAUCAUCAUGUACUCCAUCCAGUCCCAGCACUCUCACUUGGUAAUCCAGCAGCUUCUCGGUCAUCUGGAUGCUAACAGCAAGAAUUCAGCCACAGUGCGAGCUGGAAUUGUGGAAGUUUUGCUAGAGGCAGCCGCCAUCGCAGCCAGCGGAUCUGUAGGUCCCACAGUGUUGGAGGUGUUUAACACGCUGCUGCGGCAGCUCCGUCUGAGCGUGGACUACGAGUUGACCGGCUCCUAUGACGGCAGCACCAACAUCGGCACCAAGAUCAUCAAAGCUCAUGAGGAGAGGCAGCUGCAGGAGGCUGUCAUCAGGACCAUCGGGUCAUUCGCCAACACUCUACCGACAUACCAGAGGUCAGAGGUCAUGCUCUUCAUCAUGGGCAAGAUCCCUGUCCCUGGAAUGCACCCAGUUCUGCCCUCCUCAGGCUCGGGACCUGAGGGUACCAGGAUGAUUCAGGUUAUGUUACUCAAGUCCUUGGUCCAGGUGACGGUCGGUUUCCAGACCACCAACAUGCUGACAGCGUUGCCCAGCUCUUUCCUGGAGCCGCUGCUGUCCUUCUCUCUAACGGAGGAUCCUGAGAUUCGGCUGCUGGUGCUCCAGAUCCUUCUCAGUCUCAUCGACAGGCACGACAACACGCCAAAGUUCUCCGACAUAAGCAUCAUCUCAGACAUCUCUGUGCUCAAGCUCAAAGUUGACAAGUGCUCCAGACAGGACAACUUAUUCAUGAAAAAGCACGGCCAGCAGCUGUACCGACACAUCUACUUGGGCUGUAAGGAGCAGAGCAGCGGUCGGCAGCACUACGAGUCCCUCUUCGCUCUGUUGGGUCUUCUCAGCGUGGAGCUGGCUAACGAAGAGGUGGUGGUGGAUCUCAUUCGCCUGGCAAUCGCUUUGCAGGACCUGGCUCUGUCCACCGACGAGGCUAUGCCUGUUUAUAACCGCUGUGCUGUUCAUGCCCUCGCCGCCGCCUACCUCAACCUCAUCUGCCAACUCACCACCGUCCCAGCCUUCUGUCAGCACAUACACGAGGUAAUUGAGGUGAGACAGAAAGAAAGUCCAUACCUUUUGCCUGAGGAUGUCUUCGUUGAUAAUCCCAAGCUGCCUUCUGCACUGGAGAAGGUAGAAGGGGAUGUUUUGUUCCUCCAGUCGAAGAUCACCGAGGUCCUCGGGGGUAGUGGUUAUAACACAGAUAGACUGGCUACGCCUUAUGUCCCCCAGUAUACUGAUGAGGACCGUCUGUCCAAGAGGAAGAGCAUCGGAGAGACCAUCUCACUGCAGGUGGAGGUGGAGUCCCGAAACAGUCCAGAGAAAGAGGAGAGGACACCAGCAGAGGAGAUCACAUUUGAAACCCUGAAAAAUGCCAUCGUGGACAGUGUUGGUAUGGAGGAGCAGGAGAGGGAGCGGAGGAGACAAGUGGUGGAGAAGUUUCAGAAGGCCCCCUUCGAGGAGAUAGCUGCCCACUGUGGUGCCAGGGCCACACUGCUGCAGAGCAAACUAAAUCAGAUCUUUGAGAUUACAAUCAGACCACCGCCCAGCCCAUCUGGAACCAUCUCGUCAGGUUACGGCCAGAGCCAGAGUCGAUCUGUGCCCAUCUACGAGAUGAAGUUUCCUGACCUCUGUGUGUAUUAGAAGAGAAAGGGAAGUCACAGAACUAUUCAACAUUCGAGGACAGGAAAGGGAUUUGGGAGGGGCAGCCGAUCCUCACUGUAAAGGCGUCUUGAUCGUGGAAUCAAACAACCGCAAGGGGAGGAAGAGAAAAACACCGUUGUUUGAAGCCAACUCGAGAACGAGCCGCUUAUUCUUUUGCCCUGUGAUCGCAGCCAAAACAAGCCGGCUAAUGUCAUUAAAUGCAGCAGUAAAAACAAACUUUUAUUUUGUUCCCCUCAGUAGAUGUCUGUAGAAACUCCACUGGUUGGAUUUUCAAAUUAGAAAUUGCCAAGAACUGUGAGGGAAAGUUAUUUCAUUGGCUUGAGGAUGAAUUAAUUCAUUGCAUGCCCUGUAACUGGACAUGUUUAAUAGCACUGCAAUUCUUUUGACCUGUUUGUCCCUUACAGGGUGCCAUACUACCCUUGAUCGUCAAAUUAGAUCAAUUUUGAUAUUUUAUUUGUUUUUGUUGAUUUUAUGGCCAGGAAGAGCGUAUGUAAAUUAGAUGCAUUUUUUAUUUACCCGACAGUGUAUUUUUUGUGUAUGUUUGAAUGAAAUAUGGAUAGAUAUACGCAAAUAUGAAUUCUCCCCAAUCUCCCAUGUUACUGAACAUCUGUGUUACUUAACAUCUGUCUUCAGUGUUUAAUGCUUUUUUUUAUUUUGCCUUUUUUAGCGUUAGCCAAAAGUGCUUUUUUCUUUCAUGACGGGCAUUUAUUUUCUUGCACCUUUUUUUUUUUUCUUUCUUCUAAUUAUUAUUUUUGUGGUUUUAAAUGAAAGAUAACUGUCAAUCUGUGUGCUAUCCUCCCAAAGUGAGUGUGCCUUACAGGUGACUCAAAACAAAAAAAACACACACACUGCGCCACAGUCACGACCACACUAAACUUCUGAAGUGUCUACUGUGAUGUUUACCAGAUCAAACACUAGGAGAUAAUUACGGAUCCUUUAUUUUUCUCCUUUCCAUAUAAAUGUGUAUAUACAGAGAAAUAUAUAAAUCUUUAAGCUGAUGUACAGAGUAGGGAUGUUUUUGUGUGUGUAUAUAUAUAUACUGUAUAUUGAUUCUAAUUUUAGACUGCCACUGCACUGAUUGUGUCCGUAGAUAAGGGAGGAAGCUACUUAGUUAGUAUUCAGAUAUGUGUGUUAAAAUCUCAAAUAGGUAACCAGCAGCACAUGAAAUCAAAUAUCGACAAACAUCUGAACAGCCCACAGUGGAAAUCUACAUCAUCUCCAGGCCAGUAGAUCACACAAGUGAACAAUUAAUGAACCUGAAAUAAUCAAUUUCAUUGUUAGCCACAGAUUUUGAGAAAAUUUUAGCACCAGAUUCAUGACCCGUAUUGUUGCCAUUACAUUCUCAACCUGCUGGAAUUAAAUUUGCACUCUGUUUUUACGCCAUACUGCUGCCUCCAAGCAGUGCACCUGUCUCAUUCAGCAAGAUUUAAAUAAGUCUAAAAGCCAUUUUUGUGUGCAUGUGUGCACACACAGGUAUAUAAAAACAAAGUAUAAUGGCAAUAAUUUGCCACUAGCCUGGCUAACACAGCCCAACUGUUGGUAGCAGAUCCUUUUAGUGUUUUUAAAUUGUACCUUCUGUUCUUCUUGUUGUUGUUGUGGUGCUGUGAUGAUCAGUUUUGUGAUGUUGUUAAGAGACCGACCCUCCCGCUCCUGCGCUUCUGUGAACUAACGGCAUCGAGCGUGAAACGCGUUGCAGUCAUCUCGUUUAAUGUGUCUGGUUUGUCCCCUGAUUGUCACAGUCCAGUUGGUUGUUUUAUUAUUUUUAUUUUUUACAAUGUAGUGUCCUCCGUAUGUAUAUUCAUGUCCACACAUGCCAGUGUAUCAGAUCUGUUUACCCUUUUUGUCAGUGCAGAUGUGUGUGAGUGUAUUCGUUCAUGUGUCUAUAUGAACAUUCAUGCAGACGUGUGUCUUAAUCGUCAUUAUCCAAGACCAAACUUCUUCAAACACAGUUUACAGUCUUCGUCCAGUGACUCUUUCCACCAUGUUAACGCAGAACAAGCGAUCUUAGAGCAACGUGCAGCUGUCUAAAAAACCUUCCAUCUUGUAAAAUUGUCUUUUUCGGCAUCUUGCAACUUCGCAGUGAAGACCUGUAAAUCUACCAGUGAGCUAGUUGUCAUUGCAUAGUGUAAUGUAAUAUUAACUGACGGUAAUCCAAUCUUACUUUUGUCAUUACAUGUCUGGUUAAUAGGUCUGUUUACAACGUAGUGCUGUAGGUCAAAUCUAUUCAUUCUGUGAACUUUGCACUUUAAAAACUGGAUUACCUAGUGACAAAAGGCAGCUUUUACAUGGAGAAAAUGCCUUAUGAGUGUCAUACCUGACUUUGCAUGCAUAGUGGUGUUGCUGUGUUGUACAAUAAAAUUGUCUGUAAGCAGAAAAUGUCA